AUGGCUACAAGCACUCAGACUACCACAGUCGAGCCUCAGACUCAGCCCCCUCAGGUUCAGCAAGCAGCCGCAGAGCUGCGAGCACCAGACGUACCUCCUAUUUCCACUGCAGCGCCCGAAGCAACGGACGGGAACUAUGGUCUGAAAUCGAACUGGCCAGUCGCUAUCGAUCUUGCUGGAGGAAGCUCACCUUGCCGGCUGGAGGGUGAAGUCGAGGACUUGGUCGUCCUUGGCGAGGUGCCGAAGGCCAUCGAUGGCAACUUCUAUCGUGUCAUGUGCGAUCCAUUCGUUCCCCCGCAUCCAGACAACGUUCCCAUCGAUGGAGACGGUAACAUCUCGGUCUUCCAGUUCCACAAUGGCCGGGUCGACAUGAAAACCAGAUAUAUCGAAACAGAGAGGUACAAACUCGAGCGAAAGGCCAACAAAGCGCUUUUCGGGUUGUAUAGGAACCCGCACUCCCAUCAUCCAUGCGUGAGAGCCGCUGUCGAUUCGACAGCCAAUACCAACCUUGUGUACUGGGCCGAGCAUUUGCUGGCACUGAAGGAAGUCGCCUUACCAUAUGGUGUGGACCCCAUUACUCUGGAAACGAGAUGUUACGACCCUUUCAAGCAGAUCAAAGCCAAGACUUUCACGGCACACCCAAAGUACGAUCCAUACAAGGACGAACUUGUAGUAUUCGGUUAUGAAGCCAAGGGCCUCGGAACCAGAGAUAUUGUGACUUAUUCCAUCGACCGGGCCGGCAAGAUUAAGAACGAAUUCUGGCUUCAGGAUCCACACGAGACGCCGGGAUUCAUCCACGACUGCGCCAUUACUCCCAACUGGCUCAUUCUGUUCGUUUGGCCGUUCGAGGCAAACGUUGCCCGGAUGCAGAAAGGCGGCCAUCAUUGGGCCUACGACUAUAGUAGAGGUCUCACGCUGAUCGCAGUCCCUCGCGAUGCCGCAACUCCCAAAGCUUCCGGCUGGCAGUCGAAGGAGGUGCGCUCAUACGACUGGAAGAACUGCAUGCCGAUUCACACAGCCGCAGCAUGGGAAGAGGAUGGCCUCAUCUUCAUUGAAAGCUGCCGUGUCCACGACAACGCCUUCCCGUUCUUCCCUCCUGACGAGGAGAACCCUCGCAUGCCAGCCGCAGACACUAAAGCCGACUACGUUCGUUGGAAGAUCGACCCCACGCAGCCCGAUCGCGCCGCUCUCGAGGAUCCUCAAAUCAUUCUCGACGUCCCAUCUGAGUUUCCGCGCAUUGAUGAGCGAUUCAUGAGCUCCAAGUACGAUAUCGUCUGGAUGAACGCCUUCAUUCCCAAGAAGUCGGAUGGCGGAAAGAACGUCUUCCAUGGGCUCAACGGCAUUGCAAUGCACAGCAACAAAACUGGCGAAACUCGCUGGUUCUAUGCAGGAGACGAUUCGCUUGUGCAAGAACCAAUCUUCGUUCCGCGAACAGACGACGCACCAGAGGGUGAUGGAUGGGUAAUCGCAUUGGUGGAGAGGCGAAAGGCUAAUCGCUGUGAUGUGGUGGUGUUGGACACUAAGACUUUCGAGACUCCCGUGGCGAUCGUGCAGUUGCCAUUGCAUGUCAAGGCUCAGAUUCAUGGUAAUUGGGUUCCUGCGAAGUCGCUGGGCGGGUAUAAGCCCAUCAUCAAGCCUGUAGAAGUUUGGGGCAUUUCUGGGCAGGGCGCGUUGGAGGCAUUCUAGUAGCAGAGCAAUAAGUAACAGCUCAGCUUCAAUCGCAGACAGCUGGUUUCUUUCGCUCCGUUCUUUCCAUUUCGACAGG